GAGAGACACUCAGAUUCACACUGCAAAUGGAAGACUUCACAAUAAUGAUUCUCUUAUGCUUAUUUUUGAUGAACUAUAUGGUGGCCUCCACUGCAAGGGACACUAUUGAUUCAGUGCAAUCUAUCAGUGAUGGUGAGAAAAUAGUUUCAGCUGAUGAAAUCUUUGUAUUGGGAUUCUUCAGCCCUGGAACUUCCAAGAACCGUUAUGUUGGAAUCUGGUAUAACAAAGAUCCAACAAAGGCAAUAGUGUGGGUUGCAAACAGAGAAAAACCCCUCGCUGAUUCCUCAGGUGUUCUGAAGCUCAACAACACCGGAAUUUUAGUCCUUCUUGAUCAUAACAGCAGUCUUAUUUGGUCCUCCAACGCAACAAGAUCCGUCCUGAAUCCGGUCGCAAAGCUUUUGAAUUCAGGAAAUCUUGUUGUGCAAGAAACAAACAGCAAUGGUGCUAACGAAGAAGAUUUCGUAUGGCAAAGUUUUGAUUAUCCAGGCGACACGGUCUUGCCUGAACAGAAGUUAGGAAUAAAUCUGAAAACAGGACAGAAUCGAUAUCUAACCUCAUGGAGCAGCUCGGAUGAUCCGUUUCCAGGUAGAUAUACUUUACAAAUCGAUAUCAAGGGAUAUCCUCAAGUAUUCAUUAAAGAAGGUGCAAAGAAAAGAUUUCGUGCUGGAUCAUGGAAUGGAGUUCAAUUCAGUGGAACGCCACAAGUGAAAGGAAACCCAAUCUUUAGAUAUAAAUAUGUUUCUAACGAGGAAGAGAUAUAUUUUAUGUAUGAACUUAUCAAUAAUUCAAACCCUCAUAAAGUGGUUCUAACGCCGGAGGGAAUCAACCAGAGAAGCCAGUGGAGUACGGACACAUCGAGUUGGACCAACUUGGCAAGGUUACCGGCUGAUGAUUGUGACUACUAUGAAACAUGUGGAGCUUAUUCUAGUUGUAAUGUUAACAACUAUCCAAGGUGUAGUUGUUUGGAUGGAUUUGUGCAAGAUAAUAAUAAGAAGGAGCAAGGUUUAUCAGAUGGUUGUGUAAGAAGAACAUCAUUAGAUUGUAAUGGAGAUGGGUUUUUGAAGUAUUCAGGGCUGAAAUUGCCAGAUACAGAAAGAUCAUGGUAUAGUAGAAAUAUCAGCAUUGAAGAUUGUAAGAUGGUGUGCUUGAAGAAUUGUUCAUGUAUGGCUUAUGCAGCUUUGGAUAUAAGUGAAGGCGCUAGUGGUUGUUUGAUGUGGUUUGGUAAUUUAAAUGAUAUUAAAGCCCUGAAUCCAAAUUCUCUUCAAGAUAUUUACUUAAGAAUGGCUGCUACAGAACUAGAGGAAAAUAAAUCACACAAAUCAAAUGUCCGAAAGAAAAAGACUAUCAUCAUAAUUUGUGCGUUAUCUUCUAGUGUUCUAAUCAUAUGCUUGGCCUUCAUCGUCUUUAGAUGGAAGAUACGAAGGAAAGGUGUAACAAGUGACCAACAAGAGGAAGAUCCACAAUUGCCUUUGUUUGAUAUGUCCACAAUUUCUUCUGCAACAAAUAAUUUUUCAACCGAUAGCAUUUUGGGAAAAGGUGGCUUUGGUUCGGUAUAUAAGGGUGUAUUAAAGGAUGGAAAAGAAAUAGCGGUUAAGAGACUCUUACAGAAUUCAAGUCAAGGAAUCCAAGAGUUCAAAAAUGAAGUUAUGCAUAUUGCCAAACUUCAGCACAGAAAUUUAGUGAAACUCCUAGGAUGUUGCGUUUAUGCAGAAGAAAGAUUGCUAGUCUAUGAAUUUAUGCCCAACAAAAGCUUGGACUACUUCAUAUUUGAUGAAAAGAAGAGCAUGUUACUAGAUUGGACUAGGCGCUUUGACAUUAUCAAUGGGAUUGCUCGAGGUCUUCUUUAUCUUCAUCAAGAUUCAAGACAUAGAAUAGUUCAUAGAGAUCUUAAAGCCGCCAAUAUUUUAUUAGACGGUGAAAUGAAUCCAAAAAUUUCAGACUUUGGACUGGCUAGAAGUUUUGGAGGGAACGAAACAAAAGCAAACACAAGACAUGUUGUUGGAACUUACGGAUAUUUAUCACCAGAGUACAUAAUUGAUGGAGUUUACUCAACAAAAUCCGAUGUAUUCAGUUUUGGUGUAUUGGUGUUAGAAAUAGUGAGUGGAAAUAGAAAUAGAGGAUUCAUUCAUCAAGAUCAUCAAUUUAAUCUUCUAGGACAUGCAUGGAAACUAUUUAUGGAAGACAAAGGGUACGAAAUAAUUCAUGCUCCAAUAAGAGAUACAUCAAAUUUAUCUUCAAUGCUAAGAUCAAUUCACGUGGGACUACUUUGUGUGCAAAAAAGUCCAGAUGAGAGGCCAAACAUGUCAUAUGUUGUUCAAAUGUUGAGUAGUGAAUCCACAUUACCUCUACCUAAAAUGCCCGGAUUCUUCUUAGAAAGAGAAAUGGUUGAUGAAGGUUCUUCUUCAAGUAAUAACAGAAAAUGCUCAAUCAAUGAUGUCACAAAUAGCAUAGUGGAGGCUAGAUAGGUAAAAUUUCAUAUGGGGAUCAAGAGAUUUUUG